AUGCUGAAACUGUACUCGGCCCUGCAUCGGCUACUACUGGUCACUGCCUGGUGUUGUCGCUGGUUACGCCGACCCUUGGAGAGGUUGGCGCCCGAAGUACGAGCCAAUCCUGUCGUCCAGCGCGUCCUUAGGGCAUCUGAAGUCGAGGAGGCGCGCCUGAGUUGGAUCCGAGUCAUCCAAGCUGAAAACUUCAAGAAGGAGUUAGCGGCUAUUGAAAAGGGCAAAUCUCUGCCCACACGAAGUCAACUUACCCGGUUAACUCCUUUCAGAGACCCCCAGGGAAUCCUCAGAGUCGGCGGUCGGAUCAAGCGCGCUCUCCUCUCCUAUAAUGCCCGGCACCCGAUCAUCUUACCUGGAGAAUCAAACAUUACUCGCCUCAUCAUCGAGGCGUAUCAUCGCCGGACCCUGCACGGGGGCAUGCAGCUGACACUGUCCUCCAUCCGCCAGGACACCCGCGCCGUCCAUCUCGACGUAGCGUCCGUCUACUCCGCUGACGCCUUCCUGGCCGCGCUGCGUCGGCUCAUCGCGCGCCGAGGGCUAUGUCGAGCCCUCUAUAGCGAUUGCGGCACAAACUUCGUGGGUGCCGACGCCCAACUGCGAGCGCUCUUCGCAGCCAGCAGCCAGAAAGGCCAGCGCAUCGCGAAAGGUCUCGCCGCCGAGAGGAUUGAAUGGCACUUCAAUCCUCCGGCGGCCCCCAAUUUCGGUGGACUCUGGAAGGCGGCUGUCAAAGCGGCGAAGCACCACCUCCCGCGCGUCAUCGGCGACGCGAAACUAACAUACGAGGAGAUGGCCACCCUGUUAGCCCAAAUCGAAUCGUGCCUAAACUCGCAUCCGUUACAGGCCUUGUCCGACGACCCGGAGGACCUGGAGGCCCUUACCCCCGGCCACUUCCUCGUCGGCACAGCACUCAACGCCGUCCCGGAACCAUUCCUCGCGUUGGAAACUACGACGAGACUAUCCCGGUGGCAGCAUUUGCAACAGCUGCGGGACCAUUUCUGGAGCCGGUGGUCCCGGGAGUACCUCCAUUCGCUGACGCACCGGCCGUAA